AUGGCCCCAGGGUUUGAGAGGUAUGGAAAACCUUUUCCUUUUUCGGAAGAUUCAUCAUUUGUGGAGGCUGGAAGCGUUACUGCUUCUGCUGCUGCUGCCGCAGCGGCGGCGGCGGCUGCUAGUGCUGGAAGCUUCCGAGAAGCAUCGGAGCCGGCGGCGGCGCUGCCGCCGCCUCGAGAUUCGACUAAUAGGAAGCAUUUUCUGGAUUCUGCUGACGUGUUGGAUGUGACAAGAGCGGAGGCGAGUGUUCUUGUAACGAGGGGAGGACUAGGGGAACGAAGAGUUGAUUCAGCUGAGGCUGUAGGGGUAGAGUUUGGGAGAGGAGGAAGCGGCAGCGGAAGGAGCAGAGCAGCAGACGCACAGUUUGGAGUAGUAGACACACAGUUCAGGGGACAAAGAAGCAGAAUUCCCUCUGCCUCUCCACCCUCUCCUGCUCCAUCCUAUGCUGCUUCGUCUUAUGCAGCUCCAUCCCAAGCCGUUUCCUCCUAUGCUGCUGCAUCCCAAGCAUCUCCCUCUUAUGCUGCCGCUCCAUCCCAGGUUCCCCUACCCCCUUCACCUUCAUCAGCACUUGCUGCUUCCCCUGGUGCGGUAGACAGAGUUUUUUCGGGCAGGGCGGAUUCUUCGCGGGCAGAUGCUUCUUGGGCGGAUUUUUCCCGGGCGGAUUUUUCUCGGGCAGCUUUUUCUCGGGCGGAUUUUUCCCGGGCAGAUGCGUCCGAGCCAACGCGGUUUGCCUUGCCUCGGGAGCUGCCCGUGCCUGGGAGCGAGGCAGUGGCAGCAGCAGGAAGGUUCCGAUCUCCUGAGGAGUUUAUGAGGAGGCAACUCACUGCCAUGGCUGAGGCUGUGGAGAACAGAGACAUGGCACAAGUGCAGCAGGCAUACUUGCAGCUGAAGCCUCUCGCGCGGCCCAAGGGGAUGGCGAUGGAGAGAUUGAUUCACUAUAUGGUGGAGGGGCUCUUCAAGAGACUGCAAGGGAACGGGUACCAGCACUUCAACACUCCCGUUCGGAAAACUCCCAAGAGGAACAUGGGGAUGUUCCUCUCUUGUACCUCCCCUUCCCUUUCUCCCUUCUUACCCUCCCCUUCCCUUUCUCCCUUCUUACCCUCCCCUUCCCUUUCUCCCUUCUUACCCUCCCCUUCCCUUUCUCCCUUCUUACCCUCCCUUCCUUCUCCCUUUACCCUCCCUCCCUUUCCUUACCCUCCCCUUCCCUUUCUCCCUUCUUACCCUCCCCUUCCCAAUAACGGACAUGUUCUCUACGCCGUCUCCUCCGCCUCCCACGUCCACCUCAUCGACUUCGAAGAACUCCUCCCCUUCCACGUGCUCUUUCUCCCUCUCCACCGCUCUCCAUCCCUCUCCACCCCUUUCCACCGCUUGCCACCCAUCUUCACCUCUCUCCACGCCUCUCCACCCCUCCCUUUUCAGGAGCUGGAUGAAGCACGUGCCUGGUUCGCUACAAGCACGCCGUACCCCGCCUUUGGCAACAUGGCAAUAACGGGGAUGUUUCUGCACGCCGUCUCCUCCGCCUCCCACGUCCACCUCAUCGACUUUGGAGAACUCCUUCCCUUCCACCUGCCCACCAUCAUGGAACUUUUUGCUGCCCGCCCGGGCGGCCCGCCGCACCUCCGUGUCACGGGGCUGGACACAACGACUUUCGUCUGCCCGGGGCGGAAGGAUUUUAAGAGCCUGCGGGCAGUGGCGGAGGUGGGGAGGAGGUUGAGGGGGAUGGCGAUGCGGCUGGGCGUGCCUUUCGAGUUUGAGUAUAUCGAUAUUGACGAGAACCAACUGCACCUUCUGUACCAGGUGAAGAGGAGGUGGAGUGAGACGCUGGUGGUGUGCGCACAUCUCGAGCUCAUGAAUUUUCCAGACGAUUCUGUUGUGGACCAUGGGCCCAGAGACUGCAUUCUCAGGUGGAUCCACGACUUAAAGCCCGCGCUCUUCACGUUUGUAGAGAUGGAUCUAGACUCCAACGCCCGCCCCUUCCUCUCCCGCUUCCAACACAUUCUCGACCAUCAUCUCUCCGUCUUCUGCUCGCACGACGCUCUUAUCGGCGCCGCCGACAAAUGCCUGCUCUCCAUUUUCGAGGAGCUUUAUUUCGGCCGGACGAUUGUGAAUAUUGUGUCGUGUGAAGGGGUGGAACGGGUUCACCGGCCGGAGACGCUUGACCAAUGGCGGGGGAGGAUGCUCAGGCUAGGUCGCACGCCGUGCGUUAGUAAUCCGAUCAAACUCGCGCGGCGGGGAGGGAUGGAGCUGGAGGAGGCGGCGCGGGAGCGGAAAGAGCGGCUGCGAGCGUUACGGGAGGCGGCGUCGAUCGUGACAACAGACGGCGAGAAAACGGCUAGCCUGCUAGCAGACGGCGACGAUGGAAAGGAGAACGAGCCUGUGGCGGAGGUUCGGUUCCGGAGCUACUUGCCUCGGGACGACCAGCUGAUGGAGAGGAAGCUUCCUCCAGCGCAGCUCCCCAAGUUCCAGGAACCUACCGCCGCCCAGCCACUGUUCUUAGACCCGAACGAGGACCCAGUAACAGCCAUCGCUCCUCGCAAGCCCAACUGGGACUUACGGCGGGAUGUGGCGAAGCGGCUAGCGAAGCUGGAGAGACGGACGCAGCGAGCGAUGGUCGAACUCAUGAGUACGUGA